AUGAAAGCAGUUGGAAUUAAAGGUGGCAAAGGCCCUGCCGAAGGCAUGUUCAUUGAGGAGGUGCCUAAACCCGAGGUCAAAAAUGGACAGGCCCUGAUUAAGGUCUAUAGCUUUGGAAUAAAUCGUAUGGAUCUUAUCCAGCGAUCCUCGAAUUAUCCUCUUCCCGAGGGCGCAUCCCCGAUUCUUGGUGUGGAAUUCAGCGGUGUUAUUGAGGAGCUUGGCCAGGGCGCAGAAAGUGCUCCGAAUGGCACAAGCACCCCCGGAUUCGCGGUCGGCGACAAGGUGUGCGGCUUGGUCCCGGGUGGAGCAUACGCAGAAUACGUUUUGUGCGAUUAUCGCACUCUGAUGAAGAUGCCAUACGGGCUGAGCUUCAAUGAGGCAGCAGCUAUUCCCGAAAACUGGUUUACUGCCUAUCAGGUUGUCAAGCUGGUCGGCAGCUUCCAAAAGCGUGAUAAAGUGCUCAUCCACGGCGGCGCCUCGGGCAUCGGAGUUGCAGUGAUCCAGCUCGCCCAAUUGUUAGGCUGCCGGCGUGUUUUCGCAACGGUCGGCUCCGAUAGCAAAAAGCAAUUCAUCAAAGAUAAACUCGUGUUGCACGCUGCCCUAGGCGAUGAGGUUGUCCCGAUCAACUAUCGCACUGAAGACUGGGAAGAGGUGAUCAAAAAGUACGACCCCAAGGGCAUCCAGCUUGCAAUUGACACAGUUGGCGGUGACUACAUCCCCAAGGAAAUGGAAGUACUAGGCGUAGAUGGGCGCCUGGUUAUUAUGGGGCUGAUGAGUGGUAAAUUAUCUGGCAGCAUUUCAACGCAACAAAUUCUCUACAAACGUCUUCGAAUCGAAGGAACUACCCUGCGAGCCCGGUCGCCGCAGUACCAGCAAGUGCUGCGUGAUUUUGUGAGCGAGACGAUUUUGCCGCGGGUUGCUCAAGGCAAGCUUCGCGCAAUCGUAGACAAGGUGUUCCCUCUCGAGGAGGUGGCAUCUGCCCACAAGUACAUGGAGGCAAACUCCAACACCGGCAAAAUUAUCGUCACAGUAGUGGACAUCCCAUUCGACGAGGCCGCAUCUGGCUAA